AUUUAAUCGUAUUUUUUUACGCUAAGAAAUCGUUUUCUGCGAUUCUGUGGCUUCCUUUCACGUUCCUAUGGCUAUGGCGUCUUCGUCUCUCUCGCUCUCGCCGCUUUCGUCUGCGACUACGUUAGAAAGCCGUGACUUGAGCUGCAAUUUUACUGGUUCUACUUUCCUGGAUAGCACGAAGCUGUGGUUCGCUGUCAAGCCGCGGAAAAGCGUGGUUCGAAGAUGUGGAUUGAAGUCUCCGGUGGCUAGGAAGUCGCUCGACCGCAUUCCGAAUCAGUUCCGGGAAGAGAACCUCAAAGAUGGGUUGAUGGACAAUUAUAAGAAUACACCCAAGUAUCUCUAUGGUCUUACGCCAUCACAAAUGGAAAUGUUCAUGACAGAGGAUAAUCCUGUCAGCCGACAAGCCGAGAAAGUCACAGAAGAGAGCAUUUCGGCAGCCUAUAAUUAUUUGAAUGAUGGUGGAAUGAAGAGUUUGGCUUCUGUGAAUAGAAGAGGACCAUACAAGUAUAGCAUGAGUGCCAGUAUGUACCGUGGUGGUGGUGGUAGAGGAGGGAGGCCAAGAAAUGCUCCUCCUGAUUUGCCAUCAUUGCUUUUAGAUGCUCGAAUUGUCUACCUUGGAAUGCCGAUUGUACCUGCGGUGACUGAGCUUUUAGUCGCUCAAUUCAUGUGGUUGGAUUAUGACAACCCUGCAAAGCCAAUAUAUCUUUAUAUCAACUCAUCCGGAACACAGAAUCAAAAGAUGGAGACUGUUGGAUCAGAAACCGAGGCAUAUGCGAUUGCUGAUGCUAUGUCUUUUUGCAAAGCAGAUGUCUAUACUAUAAAUUGUGGAAUGGCUUAUGGCCAAGCGGCAAUGCUUCUGUGUCUUGGGAAAAAAGGCUUUCGGGGAUUGCAGCCACACUCUUCCACGAAACUGUAUCUUCCAAAAGUCAAUAGAUCAAGUGGAGCUGUCAUUGAUAUGUGGAUUAAGGCGAAAGAACUAGAUGCAAACACAGAAUCUUACCUGGAUCUGCUAUCGAAAGGUAUAGGAAAGCCAAAGGAAGAGAUUGAGAAGGACAUCCAACGUCCAAAGUACUUCCAAGCCCAAGAGGCCAUUGAAUAUGGCCUGGGUGACAAGAUCAUUGAUUCCGAGGAUCCUGCCUUUGAGAAACGGAACUAUGAUGAACUACUAGCCCAGUCAAGAGCAAUGAGAAAAGGUAUUGGAGCCGGUGCCGGCCCACAAGCAGGUGCUUCACGAUUCAGGUAAAAAAAUAUCAAUCUUUAUUCUCUCUUGAUGUUAUUUGAAUGUUUGCAAUGUUAUUGAGAGAGAGAGGGAGUGAUCUAGCAUUACAACAAUAAGUAGUGUUGGUUGUUUUGAUAUUUUUAAUGAUAUUUGAAUGAUUUUGAUAAUAUUUAGGCUGAUCCAUCAAA